GAGAAAAACAUGCUCACUUUAAACCUGUCUCAGCAGGAGUCAGAGGACACAGAGUGGAUAUGACCUUACUUAUGGCACUCACGUCUGCAAAGCUUGUGAAGCACCAAUCAAACGCCUCCUGGGGGGUGUUGGGGAGAAAUGAAGCACAUCAUCCCUUCCCGUCCUCAGCUCGGAUAAGUGCGUGACUGCGCAGCGCGAGAGACAGUCAAGAGACUGUCAGGAUCAAGAGACAGUCGUGAUUGCGCGAACUCUGUGGAUAAUUCCAAAUCCCGUCUUGCAUGAACCGUGCACCUGCUCUGGGACAUCCAAACCAUAACCUGCUGAAUAAAACAUGGAACACAAUUUUAUCCCCCGCUCCUUGUGGACUAAUGACAACAAAUUUCUCCAUCACCACGUCGCGGAUUUUUUCACCAGUGUACAAGUUACGCAGGAUAUACCAGAUGGGACAUCUUUCGGACCUUGUGUUCUUCAUAAUACCUUUUAUGAUACUAUAGCCUUCAUUGCAUUGAAAUCAUUUGACAAGCGGAAUAAAUCACAUGUAUUUCGGGUAGACCCUGAGGCGAUGAAAAGCUCCCCAUUAGUUCUUCCUUGGCUACGAUUAGUGCAGGCUGCAAUGAGUGCAGAAGACCAGAAUACUGAGGCCUACUUGAAGGGUGGACAGCUGCAUUUCCGGACUAUUCGAGAUGUGAAAGAAGGCGAGGAACUACUUGUUUGGUACGACGAUGAGUUGUCUCAUCUUUUGGGAUUCGGAGAAAUAAAAUCAAAGACCUUGACAAAUGGCUUCACGUGUACGAGAUGCGGUCAGGCCUUCAAGAACGAAAAUCCAUUCCUUGCCCAUUGCCGUUUUUUAUGUGCACAGGAAAAAGUCGAUAUCAUCCGGCCUAACCAAGAACAGAAACAAGCUGAAGUCAAGCGACAGCGCAAAGUCAUAGAUUUUCACAACAUUGCACGAGAUCUGGAGCACAAAAUAAGCGAUUGUUCUGAAGACACGACUAUGCCUCGAAAAAGGAAACACGAGGCUUCAUUAAGCCCCCGGAGCAAAAAAACUGUUUUGCUGGAGAAAACCAACAUCACUAAUCACAUAAAUAUCGCCAACAAAGGGUAUCAACUUUUCCAGGAUAUGUCAGAAUCUGCCAUUAAGCUCUCUUCAGACAAUGGCUCAAGAAAUGAGCCGAAGAUGAGUAAAAACAGCGCGUUUACCGAGGUUAGAAAAACACAAGAACAGUCAAACACCGAACGGCCAUCAUGUGAUAAAAUGACCCAAAAUCGAACUAACACAGAGUCCGACGCCGGCCUACAGUCCGACUGCAGCGCGUUCUCGUACGUGUUCCCCAAGUACGCGCACUCGAAACAGAAGAGCGCGUUCUGCGAACCCAACAAACGCACCAUUACCGAAAUUCAGAAUCAUUCUCCUCUUGAACUAUGCGGUCCUCCAGAUUUGGAUAAUAUCUCAGACACUUUCAAAUCAAAGCCUGUACUAGGAUACAGAAAUAUAUUGGCCUCGCAUCUAUUUCACGGUGACUUGCCGGGUACCCAUGCUGGUGGAAUGAUGCCCACUCCACUGGCUACAGGAGGCUCCUUCUAUUACGCGCCUGAGCACUGGACCAGAGCUAUAGGUGGUCAGCUGCAAUCUACUUCUUUCGCAGUCCUCCCCCCUACUUUAACUCCACUGGGUGUUUCAGUUCAGAACUGGUGCGCCAAAUGCAACCUUUCCUUUCGAAUGACCUCCGACUUGGUGUUUCACAUGCGGUCACAUCACAAAAAAGAAUUCGCCGCAGAGGCUCAAGUAAGGCGGAGGAGAGAGGAGAAACUCACCUGUCCCAUCUGCCAUGAGUACUUCCGGGAGCGUCACCACCUCUCACGUCACAUGACCUCUCAUAAUUAGGACGGAUAACUCCAUCGCACUUUACUUGAGACAGCUGUUCACGCGAUGCCACGAGGUUGUUUGUUCGUUACAAAAAGCAUUUUAAGAGUCUUAGAAGAGGUUGUUUCAAAGAGCUAUAGGCAUACAUUCCAGACCGGGUCAUGUUUAAGGCUUUUUAAAUUUGUUAAAGUGUCAUUGUCUACUUUCCCACCAGUCAUUGUCAUUUAAUCCAUCAUGUUGCUAACAUGUAUCUUUGAAAUGUGGGCAUUGUUAGCGCGCAUCGGAGUAAGCCUAAACCGCCACUAGGUGGCUAUAGAGAUUCAUUAUUUUCUCUCCUUUUAGUUGUGACUAAUACUAGGUUAAUUGCAUGGUUGUUUUAAACUUAACGGUGCCUUAUACAUGUCAGGAUGAGUGUAAAUGCAUAGAGAAAUGUUAAUAUUAUAUAUAUAAAAAAAAGACUCAUUAGUGUUGCCAACAUCUGACUAAACCAUUACUUAUUGCUUUGUAGCUACAGAUAUAUUAUUAUAUUUGAAAUAUCCAUCAGUACUUUUCCUUUCAGAAUGCCAAAUCUUUGUUGCAAUUUUCUUUUCAGAUGUCUACUUUUUAACACUUAACUCAGCACAACGACCAGGAGGAUGUAUUUAUUUAAUUAAAAAAUGACAUACAGUCGUUGUAUUUCAUUAAAG